AAAUUCAUACAUAAAUGUGACACAGUACCUGAAGGAGCACCAAAGUUCUGUCCAAAUUCUGAUGACUGGCAGCGAGCUCAGGCUAGGCUACAAAAUUUCAGCAAGAUCUCCAUCCAUGGGUUUUGGUGUUGAUGUCAAUCUGGAGGCGAGCUUAAGCACCAGCUCGUACCAACCUGAAAACAUUCUUCAUUCCCUGAAUGUCUUCAGGAAAAAUGGCACCUUCACCGAUGUUGUCCUGCAGGUAGAGGAACAAGAGUUUCCCUGCCACCGAGCUGUGCUCUGUGCUUCCAGUCGUUACUUUCGCACCAUGUUUAUGGGCCAGCUGCGUGAGAGCAGUCAGUCCGUGGUGCCGCUGAACGGGGUCUCAGAAGUCGCCCUAGAGCACCUGCUGAACUUCAUGUAUGAAGGCCGGGUUCAGCUCCAGGAGGAGAAUGUCGAGCUUGUUUUUCAAGCUGCUGACCUGCUGGAUGUGCCUGCAUUGUCUAGAGCCUGUGUGGAUGUCCUAGAGAAGUGCAUGUCACACUUGAACUGCCUGGGCAUGAUGGAAUUCGCCAAGCACUACUCACUGCAGCCGCUGCUGGAACAGUGUCAGAACCUGCUGUAUCAGGACUUUGACAUUGUAGUCAAACAGGAUGAGUUCCUUGAGCUGCCAUUGGAGAGAGUGGUGGAGCUUUUGGAUUCUGAAAAGAUACAGGUGCAGGAGGAAGUCCUGGUGGAGGCUGCACUGUUAUGGGUGCAUCACCAGGGCAGCCAGCGGAAAGCAGCUCUAGCAAAGCUACUGGAGAGGCUUCGACUGCCCUUGCUAGACCCUGUGUUUUUUACCAACAUGCUGGAGGCUGAUGAACUCGUUCAGGAUUCUUAUGACUGCAGGAAGCUGUUACAGGAGGCAAGACUUUAUCGUACAUACGGCAGAGAGAUCAACUCGGAGAGAACCAAACCAAGAAGGCAGUGUGGCUGGGCUGAGGUGAUUGUGGUUAUCGGAGGUUGUGACAAAAACAGGAUCACAAGAUUCUCCAGCACUGAGAAACUGGACCCCACCACAGGGAAAUGGCUCACUGUAGCCAAUGUUCCAGGAUACAAACAUGAAUUUGCUGUCUGUGAACUUCACAAUGACAUUUAUUUUUCAGGUGGGCAGCUGAACAGCUCACAAGUGUGGCGCUUCAUGGCUCAACUGAACCAGUGGGUUUCUGUUGGUAAGCUACUGAAGGGAAGAUGGCGACACAAGAUGGCCUCUCUGUGCGGAAAGCUGUACGCUGUGGGAGGAUAUGAUGGGCAUCAAAGGCUGAGCAGCGUGGAGUGUUUCAGCGUGUUUGAGAACAUGUGGAAGCCUGUGGCUCCUCUGCUGCUGCCCGUCAGUUCAGCCGCUCUUGCCAGCUGCUCUGGAAAGCUUUAUGUAAUCAGCGGAGCUGUGACUGAAGACUGCAACACCAACAUGGUACAGUGUUAUGACCCUGUGAAGGAUCAGUGGACGCAACUUCUGUCUUGUCCUUUCUCCCAGAGGUGCUUAAACGCAGUGUCUCUGAACGGCUCCAUCUAUGUAGCCGGAGGUCUGCUGAAUGUGCUGUACUGUUACAGUCCCAAGGUCGACUCCUGGAGCAAAGUGGCUGAUCUUCCCAUGAAAUUGGAAAAUUGUGGGCUGACUGUUUGUGAUGGGAAGGUCUAUAUCUUGGGUGGCCGUGAUGAAUUUGAAGCUGUGACUGAUCGUACAUGGGCAUUUGACCCACUGAGCGGCCAGCUGACUGAGGAGAUGCCGCUAACACACAGCCUGAGCCACCAUGGAUGUGUUACUAUCACACAGCAUCUACAACACAAAUAAAGUUAUAUUUUUUCAUUUGAAGCAGGAAAAAUCCUAAGAUCACCUACUACAAUGUUUACUCUUGAUUAAUUACUGUAAUGCUUUUGUCCUUGCUGCUCAUCAAGUUAGAACAUCCAUAAGUGUUAUCUCAUUUUAUUAUUUUUUUCAGGAAAUCCCUAGCAACAAUAGGAACAACUACAAACUGUGAAACCGUGAAGGAAUAUUUCGCUAUGCAUUGUAUUUUCUCAUUGUUAAAAUGCUUUGCUGCUAACUUUGCAUUUUUCUCUAAUUAUCUCUUUUCUCUAACCCUCAAGUUAUCAUGUUGUUUUUUUCAUUGUAAGUGUUAACCAUACAUUUGUCAAAGCAUUAUUUUAAGGUUUAAUGUACACUGACGAUAAUUACUGUAAUUGUAAACCAAUAAAGAUAACCAGGGUUAAAUAACAAAUUGUGUAAUACCUUUUCAAUGCCCACAAUCUACUGAAAUGGUCGAGGGACAUCUUCACACCAUAUGAACUACACCUUCCCAAUCAGCCAAUCAUGUGUCAGCAGUGCAGUGCAUAAAAUCAGUUAAUCAGUUAAUGUUCACAUCAAACAUGGAAAUCCUGGUAUUUUAGUGCCUUUGACUAGGGCAUGGAUGCAAAAUAGGGCCACAUCUAUGCAAUCUAU